CAUAUGGGGUGCUGGGAAUCGAACCUGGGUCGGCCACGUGCAAGGCAAAUGCCCUACCCACUGUGCUAUCACUCCAGCCCCUGAGGUUGGAUGAUUUUUACAUUUUUCUUUCUUUCUUUCUUUCUUUUUUUGGUCUUGGGGCCAUACCCAGCAGUUGCCAGGGCUUACUCUUCAGGUAUUACUCCUGGCUUUGUGCUCGGGGGAGUGAAUUACGAGGUGCUGGGGAUCAAAUCACAAGCAAAGAAAGAGCCAUACCUGCUGUUCCAUCAUCCUGGCCCGUGAGACUGGAUUUGGGACCUGGGUCCCUAAAAUUGGGACUGGAGCAAGAAAGGCGCCUCAGGGAGAAAUACAUCCCAGGGUUAAGUGUUCUGGCGCCUUCCUGUCCCCUCUCUGUCUGGGUUCCCUCUUCUGGGUAAUGAGGGCACUGGCCCUACAGAGGAGUUUCAGUCGGUGUGAAAUGCUCAGCAUAGAAGCUAGUGUUCCACCCAUGUUACCCUGGUGACAGAUAACUGACGGUGUAAGCACAGUCCCCCCACCUCAGAAGAUAGUGGUGGGGGAGCUAUUCAAAUGCAGCUUCCAGGCUUUCAGCGAGUUUGGCGCCUGUUCUGGCCGCCACAUGUAUGCUGCCACCAGCCGCGGUGCGCCCCAGCAUCUCUCUCCGGGGGUAGGGAUGAAGACCCCCCCACCUCCCAGCACUCUCGCUUCCCCUGGCGCCCGGUGGGCGUGUGUGAUCGGAACGGCUCUUGGCUAUGACAUCACAGACAGAGCCCGCCCGGGCUGGCUGCGGGAGCGCCCUGGGGACCAUGCGGCUGUGGGCGUGGCAGUGGGCGUGGCUGGCUGGGCUGGGGGCCGUGGAAACAGCUCCCAGCCUGCAAAGAGCCAAGGCCUGGGCCGUGCCAACAGAGUCCCCAGACCCACCUGAUUUCUUUGAUUAUCCAGACUCGGACCAUGCCCGGCUUCUGGCCGUGGCCAGGUUCAUUGGUGAGAACCCCGACCUGUUUGCUAGCUCAGAAUCUGGCUCCGGCUUCUUCAAUCACAUCCUGGUCGGCUCGCUCGUGUUGGCCUUCCUCUUUCUCCUCUUCCAGUUCUGCACACACAUGUAAGCUGCCCUUGCGCCCCUGCCCGUCCACCUCCCAGGCCUUGGGGGGACAGCUUGGCACCUCCCACCGCUGACCCUCUCCACCAACAGGAGCUUCCAGAAAGGGGCAUAAAGAGCUGGCCCAGGACCCUGGAGUGCCAAGCCUGCCUCCUCUCAUGCUGGUGAAUAAAAGUCCUGGUUUCUUUGUUUUGAUUGUUUGAUGGGCCACACCUGGUGGUGCUCAGGACUUACUCCUGGCUCCCUGCUCAGGGGACCAGUGGGGAACCUGGGUUGCUGCAUGCAGAGCCGGUACACUACCUGCUGUACUGUCUCUCCCCCCGCCCUCCCCCAAAGCCCGGGUUCCCUUCU